UGGCAUUGUUCCCCAGAAGCACACACACACACACACACACAGCUCCCAUUGUUGCAGCCUUCCCCGUCCCACUGAUCCUAAUAUGGAAUUCGGCAGGAAACCCAUGAUUUCCUGACACUCUGCAAGCUGGAGGAAGCAAGGGGAAAACUCCAUUAAAAAGCCCAGCUCUCCUCCAUGUUAGAUAUGAAGUGGGAAAUGGGGACGAUUUAGCACAUUUCCACUGUGUCUUCAGCCAGCCUGGAAAGGGGAAGAGCAGAGUGAAGCCCUCGGCUGCCGAAAUUUCUAAACUGCCAGGACGCUGCUGGAAUUCGGUGGAAAUGAGGGCUUCCUAGCUCGGACUAGGAGGGGAAAGGGACAGGGCCUGUUCACCAUGCCCCCAAGCCUGUGGCAUUUCUUCCCCAGGACGGUGAGCGGCGGAGCCCACGCAGGCCGGGCACUCGCCGGUGUGAUCUAAGGCGGCCCGAGGAAGGCAGCGCAAACUUCCCGGCGCUUCGCGGGCUCUGGAAGCAGCGGCUGCUGUCAGAGCAGCGGGAGCCGCGAGAAUGAACUGCAGGGACGGAGACCGCGGCGGCGAGAAGAGGAUGCUGAAGUGCGUGGUGGUCGGGGACGGCGCAGUGGGGAAGACCUGCCUGCUCAUGAGCUACGCCAACGACGCCUUCCCCGAGGAGUACGUGCCCACCGUGUUCGACCACUACGCGGUUACUGUGACAGUGGGAGGCAAGCAGCACUUGCUCGGACUGUAUGACACCGCAGGACAGGAGGAUUACAACCAGUUGAGGCCGCUGUCCUACCCCAACACCGAUGUGUUCUUGAUCUGCUUCUCUGUCGUCAACCCCGCCUCUUACCACAACGUCCAGGAGGAAUGGGUCCCGGAGCUGAAGGACUGCAUGCCUCACGUACCUUACGUCCUUAUAGGGACCCAGAUUGAUCUCCGAGAUGACCCAAAAACAUUGGCCCGUCUGCUGUAUAUGAAAGAGAAACCUCUCACGUACGAGCAUGGCGUGAAACUUGCAAAAGCGAUCGGAGCACAGUGCUACUUGGAGUGCUCAGCCCUGACUCAGAAAGGUCUUAAAGCAGUUUUUGAUGAAGCAAUCCUCACCAUUUUCCACCCCAAGAAAAAGAAAAAGUGCUGCUCCGGUUGUCACCGCUGCUGCUCAGUUAUCUGAGGUUUCUCCAGCACCGCUCUCCACUCCAGCUCGGGAGAGGACAGCAGGCAACCUCUCCCACCAGCUCCAGCCAGAAAGGAGGGCCCAACAGAGAGGAAGUCCCGCCCUGCCCGUGAGCUCUCUGGAGCAGCCUGCUAGCCCGCCAACUGCCACCUCCCCCUGCCAUCCCGAAGCAGCCACACUGCACGUGCAACCAGAAUGCUGAACCUGGAUCUCAAACAGGCCCGCUGCUGAGAAUGCGGGAAACAAAGGCCAAGGCCACCUUGCAUUUUACAGCUCCCCUCCCACGAGCGCAGAACUGAUGGAGAUCAUCACAGCAAAACCGAAAGAGGAACUUGGUUCCUGCGUUGGUAGCCUUACUUCAUGUCUUUUGCAAAACUUAGGAACGCAAUACUAAUCUCUUUUCCUGAAACUGCUGUUUUCACCCAUGUGUCUUACAUAUAUUUGUGUUAUUUCAAGAAAUCUCCAAUUGACUCAGGUCUUACAAAUCCAUACCAAAGUAGCCUAAAGACAAGGUGAUUCAUGAUCAUUUCAAUUUUGGGCAGGUGUCUGCCAAAUUUAUGGGAACCAACAUAUACCUCUGAACGCCUAAUUACAAGAUACAAGAAUACUUUUAAGCUUUUGGAAAUUUACAAAGCCAUAAUUUUUUAGCCUGGUUUAAAAAAAAAAAAAGCACCAUCUGAAUUAUUACUGGUCCACAUUUUUUGGCCAAAGAUUCACUCUACAAAUGCUUACACUGUAGAUAGGCUGCUUUUUUCAUAUCAUAUUGCCAAAGCUAAUUAAAAAUGAACUGUAUUUAAGAAAGUAGCAUUUCUGCUUUUCAUCCAAAUUGACUGGGGAAGAAAAUGGCAGCACCUGUGUUUUAAAAUAUUCUUCAUUCAGCAGACUGGACUCUCCUGCUUCCUCCCUCCCCGUGCAGCCCUUUCCCUUUCUUGGUUUUAUACUUUCUCCCAUGCCCUAUUCCUUUUGUUUCCCCCAAUACAAUCACAACCUGACCUAAAAGAAAGAUCUGGGCAUUGGAUGUGAAAAGGAAAACGUUUCACAGUACUCACAAAUCAGGCAAAGUGCCUCCAUUUUUGAACUUGCUUCGACAAAAAGUGCUUCUCAGCUUGCCCCAUGUAAGUUCCCAUUCUAAAGGGAACUGGCCUUCCUGCUCAUUCUCCCAAAUAUCUGUGUAGGAACUCCCUUCGCAGGUGUCAAGCUCUGGGCUCAUUUCCAGAACAAUGCACUACAUACAAUAUGGAGCUGGCCCUAGGAAAGUCAAAGCCCCGAUUACUUACCCUUUCUAUAUGAAAAUUCCUUUUAUUCUAUUGCAUAAGUGAAGCUUAUCUUUACAUGUACAAUUACGCCAAGUUUUUCCAGAGUCAAGCUCCCCCUAAUGAAGAGACCACUCUCUCUAGUCCCUUCUACUCAUAGAGGAGCCACGUAAUAAAAGAACUGUAUGCUAUGGGUCUUUUCUCUUAAGACCUUCUAUAAGAACUCUUCAGUCUUUGGGAUUCUAUUCAUUUAGAAUUUCUAAAAUGUGUUUUCCUUUCUCCCAUAUUUCAAGUACUAUUGCCCUUCUCAUCUAACUGAUAAACAGUUUUCAAACACACACACACACACACACACACACGUACACAAGCGUGCGCGCGUAAAGGAAACAGGAGUUUUGUUAAGUCAAAGUUUGACAUUUAGUGAAAACAAAGACUUUCUGCAUUUGUACAUGGAAGUCAACCGUGUAUGAACAAUAACUUUGCAUAGGUUAUGAAUUUCUCCUUUAUAAGUAAUAAUGAGCAUUUAGCCCUGUAAUAAAGGAAGCGCUGUUAGCCAGUUUUGUUGCAUCAUUGCAUAGUUAUAUCUUGCUGAAGAGCCACUCCUCACUUCUCAUUGAUGUGGAUGAAAAAUGGAAAGCAGUAUGUUGGCUCCACCAAGAAAAAUGUUCCAGAUGUGUGCAUUCAACCGGCAAGUAGCACCUAGGUCAUCACCUCCUAAUGGGCCACUAGGAUUAACUUGUUCGUGGUGGGAAGAUCACUCUCUCGCCUAGAACCAAAACCUGUACAGAGACCAUUAGUGUCUGAACAGAGCAGACUCCAAGAGGUCGUAGGGGCUAAUUACAAAGUAAAAUCAUGUAGAACAAAGCAAUGUAAAUGAGUUCAUGUCAUUCCAGCACAUUAAUAAUUCACUCCCUGUCUUAUGGCAAGAUCUAGUUCAUUUCAUUAAAAAGUGUUUUCUGCCAUAAGGUUGAAUAAAAGUGUUCUGAAAUUAAAAAUAAAAAGGCAUAGAAAUCUAAGAAGGAUCCUUUAAUGGUCCAUACAAUGAGCAGUCACGUGAGGGUAAAAUCUUCACUUUGCAGAUUUAGAAAAGGUAUCAGAAACUAUGGUCCAAUCUUCAUUGUACACUUGAGAAACUCAGCCUCCAUGGGCUAAGAGAGGUGCUGAGGAAGAUUUGGGCAGAUCUCAGCUUUUCUGCUCAGUGCCUUCCAACCCCAUACUGUAAGUUCUUCAUGUUUACACAUAUUAACCUGGAGUUUUGUAGGUAUACUGCUGAAGAUCCAGUGUUUAUCCUACAGAUCUCAGCCACAUUUUUAGCAUAUAAAUUCAUGUAGCCAUCCCACUAUAAAUAAGGUAAUCUAUCAAACUAGCAAUAAACUGGACUACAGAGCAAUGUAAUCCCAAGCUCAUGACUCAGUCAAGUGGCUAGUUUGACCAAUAUUCUUUUUUCAUUCAGAUGAUCGGUCACUGAAUAGAAUAAGUGGAUGCCCUGGACGAUUUUGGAAGCAUAAAAGGACUAAGACACAAGUCAAAGCCACAGCCAUAAUUAGAAAUGUGGGCUGAUUUUUGCCAAGAACAAUUAGAUUCGAAGAACAAUUACUGAAAGCAAUAACUAUUGCUGCUCUAAACCGGAGGUGCUAGGUUGGAAACUCAAAACCUAAGCCGUAUAUGUAUGACAGGAGAGGGCUUUGGUGCUGAGACUUCAAUGACAAUGUUUCUGAUAAUGACAUGCAAAGAGCCAUUUGAAAGAUUUCUGGUCCAUCAGAGAAGUACUAAAGGAAGGGGACGUAGCCAUAGACAGUUUUCAUUUGAAUCACCAAGCAUAACAUGAAUACAUGCCUGACAAUUCUCCUGGAGAAUUGUUAGCGUCUGCCUGCUCUCUAGAAAUGGACAAGAAAGGAAGGCUGCUGCUGAGAGAAUGCCAUGAUCAGCAGCACAAAUCACUAGAUUAUCUCGCCUUGUGAUUUGCUACAAACGAACAGCGUCCUGAACAAAGCUCUUUGGGUCUUUAGCAACAGGGAUGGAAGAGUCAUCCUCUCACCUACUCUGUUCGUAUACAGCAGGAAGCCAAAGGAAACUUUCCAAGAAAUACGAGCGAAUCGGUAACUUUGAAAGUUUCCUUGAGCGUGAACAUGACUUAAAACCUGGAAAGGAUGAUUUGGAGGUAUCCAGAAAGAUCAUUAUUUGGAUGCAUGGUAUUUAUUCAUCUUCAGUGGGAUAGUUCCAGACAGAAAGGUUGCAUCUAAUACGCACAAAUACAAUAACAGAAUGCAAAAAUGUAAGAUAAAGCAAUCAGUCGCAGUGUUUCAAUAGUCAGCAAAGGCCAGGAAGGAAAUCAGAGCACCAGGCUCUCUGCUUAGUUUCACUUCAGCCAUCAGAAGCUCACCCACGCUCUCUGGGGACCUCUCUGAGUCAGGGAAAGAAAGAAUCUGAGGGGGUCUGGUUCAUCUGUGAAAUGGUGGGAUGCAAGUUCAACAACUGUUGUCAGCUUGGAAAUUCCACUAACAGGAAAUGAGAGUAAA